AACAAGCCCGAGGCUGUGGAUCCGCGCUGUGUGGGGUUUGUUUCAUAUUUUCCUCUCUUUUUCCGUUUCUUUUUUCCUUCCUUCACUUUUCACCUUGAGUGCGCUCAGCUCUGUCCACGACGCGCGCUCCUGACAUUCCCUGCGCGUAAAAGCGGGGGGCGCGCGCUUUCCUGCCACACCGAGCUGCACAGGAGCCGCUGUUGGUGCCCACGGAGGACACGGAGCACAUCCACACACCCCCCACACACCCCCACCACCCACCCCCUCUCUUUUACCUUGACGCGCGUAAUCGUUCAGGCUUCAGUCCGGGUCUCAGCCGCUGGAGAGUUUAGACUUCACGCCGCGACGCAGCGCACUGACAGAGAGAUCUGGUGAGUGAAGAUGAUUCCUGUUCUGAUCUGGGCUCUGGUCUCUCUGAGCGCGGCAGAAACCGACCUGGACGUCCUGUAUCCUGAGCUGGAGCACUCCAGGACCAUCUAUGUCACAGAGGAUGGCCCCAGACUGUCGGUGGCGGCAGAUCAAUCCAAGGUGGUGUCGAGACGAGGGGGGAACGCGACUCUACCCUGCAAGAUCCUGAGGGACCAAUCACUGGCUCCCAAUCGCAAGAUGAGGAUCAAAUGGACCAAGCUGACCUCAGACUACCUGAGAGAGGUGGACGUGUUUGUUGCCAUGGAUUACCACAAAAGGAGUUAUGGCAGUUUCCACGGACGUGUCUACCUACAAGGAUCCUCCCCCACGGACGCCUCCCUGGUUAUCACAGACAUCACCCUGGAGGAUUAUGGGAGAUAUAAAUGCGAAGUGAUUGAUGGUCUGGAGGAUGGAACCGUGGUGGUUUCCCUCGACCUUGAAGGUGUCGUCUUCCCCUACUUCCCUCGCCUGGGUCGCUACAACCUCAACUUCUACGAUGGAGAGAGGGCGUGCCGCGACCAGGACGCCAUCGUGGCCUCCUUCGAGCAGCUGUACGACGCCUGGCGAGGAGGGAUGGACUGGUGCAACGCCGGCUGGCUGGACGACGGCUCGGUCCAGUAUCCCAUCACCACGCCCAGAGAACCCUGUGGUGGCAAGAACACGGUGCCGGGCAUCCGAAACUACGGCGUGAGAGACAAGGACAAGAACCACUACGACGUGUUCUGCUUCACCUCCCACUACAAAGGUCGGUUCUACUACCUGAUCCACCGCUCCAAGCUGACCUACGACGAGGCGGUCAGGGCGUGUCAGAAAGACGGAGCUCAGAUCGCCAAGGUCGGCCAGAUGUACGCCGCCUGGAAGCUCCUGGGCUACGACCGCUGCGACGCCGGCUGGUUGGAGGACGGCAGCGUCCGUUACCCCAUCACCCGCCCCCGGAGGCGCUGCAGCCCCACGGAGGCUGCCGUCCGGUUCAGCGGGUUCCCCGACAAGAAGCACAAGCUGUACGGCGUGUACUGCUUCAAGGGCGACAACAACUGAGACGCAAACACACAACAAAACAUGAAGCAUGCACCAACACACGCAAAACACAGAUGAAGAUGAAGACACACAUUCAAACUGUGACACUUUCAUUCAUGGGAAACCAGAAAGAUUCAUGUUGAGAGAUAGUUUACACAUAUUUAAGGUUCAUAUUAUUUAAUCAAUGCCUUCGAGGGGGGGUUGGGGGGGGUUACUGUACAGGGGAGGUGAAGGGUGAGGGUGGGAGGACAUCACAGCUACAGUCAUUCUGUCAUAUGACAACGGACACAUGGGUUUAAGAGCAGGACGCCUCCUGGUUGGUUGGACGACACUUUGCGCACUUAAUGAAUCUGGAACGAAACAACGAGAUGAAGAGAGAGAACUCAUCUUCAUCGCUCAUCGAGGACGAGCAGAAAACAACUAAACCGAUCUCUGUCCACGUCCUAACAAGGUGCUACGACUGGUCCUCCGCCCCCAACGUCCGGUAUUUUACGUUUUUAUACAAAUCGCCUAAAAUGAAUUAGAAGUUUAUGUUUUCUAUGUAGGACGUGAUGAUCUAAAGAAAUCUGUUACUGAAUUUAUUAUGAUUAAUAUUACUGUUGGGUUUUUGUUGUUUUUUUUUGGAUAUACUGUAGAAAUGUUUGACUUUUUUUGACUUUCUGGCCAAACGAUCCAAAUCUCUUCGGUUUACAUGAAACAAUAACACGUUUUGCACUGAACAUUUAGAAGCUUAAAGAGGAGAGAAGCCUCCUGAGCAGCAGCAGCAACACAAAGCGCCUGGCAUGAGUAAACUCUGUGUUAGCGUAGCGCUGUUUGGCUUGAAUUUCAGAGCAUGACGUAGCUUCAGCGAGCACACGGUAGACCUAGCCUCCCUAUCUAUCUAUAUACCUAUAUAUCUCUCCACGUAGCUCCAUAAACUACUAUUUUUGAUACAAAUACUGUAGUUUCUUAAAGGGAAUGAGAAUAUCUCCAUCUCAUCUCCCUCUAGUUUCCUUCACAUCUCCACCUAGACGACCUUACAUGGGUCCUAUACCUGUCAUUCCCGAUAAGUGGAGUGUUUGUGACCGACUCCCUGAGCUGAAGUCACCCUCGGCGUGAAGCCAGACCCUGACUGAGCUCGGUGUUCCUGGCAGCCUCCGGCGCCCUGAUCUCUAUCUGAGCUCCGCAGGACUGAGAUCACCCCCCGGACCCCACGGGCCUCCAGCCAACCUGCACCAGGCUGCUGAAUGAGACGGAAACACAAUACACGCACAACACCAGCGAAUUCCUGCAUGCUAGCGCUAAUGGCCUCUUCCAUGUAAGGUGUUAAUGUCCAUCAAGCUCACUGCACAGAUCAGGAUCCCCGAGGCAUGUUUUCACCGGGGGUUUUAAGUGUACACAUCUUGUAGAAGAUCAUAUAACCCAUCCGGUCAAAGAAAGUCUAGGGACGUCUGAUUAGUCGACAGCAAAACCAACUCCCACUAAGAAAACUAAUGCACAGAUGUUGUGUUUUAACAUCUAGUACAUGUACCAGCAGAUGGAAAACAUACGAUACGAGAAUAAUGUACGGUGUCAUGGCUGCACAUUGACAGUCCCAGUUGGUCCAGACUAGUUCCUGGUGUAGGAUCAUGGUGCAUCGCACUGUAAAGUUUCCUUGGGACGAGCAUCAACCGUUUAUAAAACAUGUUAAAGAUGUAACAUGUGAUUAGUUGAUGUGGGGCUUAUACAACCUGUACUGCAGCCAACCACCAGGGGGAGCUCCACAUGCUUUGGGAUUCACUUUAACCUUCUGAGACCCGCCGUCCUCAUAUGGGGACGUUAUGUUUUAGGUUUGUUGCAGCUUCUUAUUCUGCUUCAUUUAGACCUGUUGUCCUCAUAAGGAGACACUGUUUUCUGCCAUCUACUGGCAGUGAAGGGUCAAUACACUUUAUCACUGCAUUGGUGACUUAAAUUGUAAUGUACAGUGAAAUAAUUCACAGAAUUUUUCUUCAAAAACUACUUCCAGUUCAAAGAUGAUGCUUAUUUUUAAUACUUCUUAGGUCCAGCUGAUCCCAAAUACCUAAAUAUCUUAAUCUCAAGAUGCAUUCCAAACAAAUGCUUGGGUCUCAGGAGGUUAGAGGAGCUGUCAUGGCUUCUUCUUUGCACCCAUCGUGUAGCUACAAGUGUCGGACGUCCGUUCAUGUGUUGUAGCUGUAUCACCGCUAAGGUGCUAGACUCGCCACAGACCUGAGAGUCUUAUUACGAUUAAAACAAAAGUCUUCUGCAAAACUGAACUUGUUCCUUUUCUAUCCCUGAAAUGUUUUCACAAAUGCACAAACGUACCCGACUCAUAACACCUUAAGAAUGAACAUAUUUCAGGUUGUGUAUGAAUUAAGACCUGUUAAAAUUAAAAAGAUGUAGAGCUGCAGAUUCAUACCGAAGAUUAACGUAGAUUAGGAGAUAAGUUUGGUCGAUGCUGCGCCUGAUAAGUGGAACCAAUCUUCUUGUGAAAGAAUGAAAAUAAAACAACUGUAUUUUCCAAAAAUAAAUAUGUAAAAAAAAAAGAUUUGAAGAAACUUAAGAGAAACGUGUUUUAUGUUGUGUAUUGUCUGACUGCCUUGUUAAUAACUGCAGCGUUGAAGGAAACCUUCGGGGACCCAAAGACAAAAGGACAAUAAAACAGUAGAUAAACCA